UUCCUCGAACGUAGUUGGAAUAAUUGAACUUUACAGGUGGCAGCGUGUCGCAAGAUCCAAUCACCGACGAGUUUACCCCGACGUCACUUCCUUGAUGUUACGCGAAAAGUUUGGGAACAAUGGAGGAAAGGAUUAUCGUCGCCGUCUAUGGGCUGCUACGUUUUCAAAGUCAACCAGGAGGCGGGGCUCUAUGAAGUCUAAGUCGACGUCAAAUAUGCCUGAGGUUCGGGAGCUUUCCGAAGCUUUGCCAGACAUGCCGAUGGAUCCAAUCACGGGGGUUGGAGUGGUUGCCUCUAGGAACAGGGCGCCAACUGGAUACGAUGUGGUCUCUACAACAACAGAUGGCUUAGAUGCUGACCUUUGGAAGGACGGCCUUUUUAAAUCAAAGGUGACCCGUUACCUCUGUUUUACCAGGGUCUUCUCAAAGGAAAAUAGCCAUUUAGGCAACGUGCUUGUGGACAUGAAACUGAUAGACAUAAAAGAUACACUGCCUGUAGGUUUCAUUCCAAUCCAGGAGACAGUUGACACCCAAGAGCAGGCCUUCAGGAAGAGGCGACUUUGCAUUAAAUUUAUUCCGAGAGACUCCACAGAAGCGGCAAUUUGUGAUAUCCGCAUCCUGGGGCGCUCCAAGCAGGCUCCGCCUCAGUACACGUUUAUUGGGGAGCUUAACAACAUGGGAAUUUGGUAUCGGAUGGGGAACGUUCCUCGUACUCAGGAUUCAACACAUGUGCUAACCACCAACAACGUCCAGAAUGUGAAUUCUUCUUCAAGCUCAACCCCAGCUGCUCCUCUGCCCAAACAUAUUUCCAUGACGCUGCCUGCCAGUUUCAGAGGGAAGAACAGUACCAGACCGGACUACGAGCACCAGAACUCCAACCUGUACGCUAUCUCAGGUCAGCAACCAGGACGUUUGUCUUGUAUCCAACUUAUACAGUAACUCAAACAGACUGAUGACAUCAGUGAUAAAAUAUUUCCCAGAAGUACAUCCCGAAUGAUGCCGCAAAGACCAUUGUUGUUCUGAAUAAAAUAAAAAUAAUUAAUUUUAAAGUCACAUUUUGCCAGUAUUGGAGUUGGUUUAAACAAAAGUAUCAUGUGCACACAGUAAUUAUGGUUUUUAAUUUACCA